AUGGACGUCACCAGGCCCGUGGAUGCGCAGUUUACCAAAGCACUACCGAAAGUCGAGCUGCACGCCCAUCUUAGCGGCAGCAUCAGCCGCCAAUGUCUGCACGAGAUCUGGCGCAAGAAAAAAGCACAGAAUCCAGACUUUAACGUCGAGGAUCCGCUGGUGCUGAUGCCCCCCGGCAAAGUGGACUACUCGCUGCAGACGUGCGACCCCCCUACUCUACCCCCGUCGCUGCAACCAACUAACCCAACCAACCGACGCAGCUUCUUCUCCGUCUUCAACCAAUCCAUCUACCAGCUCUGCGACGACCUCGACAGCGUCGCCUACGCCACCCGCGCCGUGCUGCAGGACUUCCUCGCCGACGGCGUCUGCUACCUGGAGCUGCGCACCAUCCCGCGCGCCUCGCCCGCGGCCACCUUCACCAGCGAGGAAUAUCUCCUCACCGUGCUGGACGCCAUCGCCGCCUUCCGCGCCGCCCACCCCCAGCUCGCCGUCUACCUCAUCCUCGCCAUCGACCGCGGCCACCACUCGGCCGCCGACGCGCUCGCCGUCGUCGACCUCGCCCUCGCCCACAGGCCGCGCGGCGUCGUCGCCAUCGACCUCUGCGGGAACCCCACCAAGGGCGACGUCGCGACGUUCCGGCCCGCCUUCGACAAGGCCAGGGCGCAUGGGCUGCGCGUCACGCUGCAUUUUGCCGAGGUGCCCGCCCCGCCGGGGCAAACGGAGCUGAGCACCCUGCUGGACUUCCGGCCGGAUCGCCUGGGACAUGUCAUCCAUGUGCCGGAGGAUGUGAAACGGGAGAUUGCGCGGCGGAAGCUCGGGCUGGAGCUGUGCAUCUCGUGCAAUGUCCAUGCGAAGAUGUUCGAUGGCGGGUUCCUCGAUCACCAUUUCGGGUACUGGAGGCAUGAGCAUUGUCCGGUGGUUUUGUGUACCGACGACGUCGGCUUCUUUUGCAGUCCCGUGUCUAACGAGUAUCUCCUCGCUGCGGAGCAUUUCCACCUCACCCGCGUGGACAUUCUGAACAUGUGUCAGAAGGCGGUCGAUGCGAUUUUCGGCGGCGAGGCUGAGAAGGCCCGGUUACGACGACUGCUGGAUGCGUUCGAGGCGACGUACAGACAGUGA